GUGCCUAAAUCUCGCAGCACUCUCUCUCUUCUUUCUCUCUCUAGAGAAGACACACACUUGCCGACAAACAAAAAUUCAUGCUCGCCAGUUCAGAUUUGCUUUUUAACGCAUUGUAGAAGAAAUCCGUAUUUGGAGUUUUCUCUUUGGAACAAUUUCCAGAUCUCGUAUUAUUAAUACGGAGUUAGCUUUUAAUUGUUGAGCUUUUUAAUCUGUAUUUUUUGUACUCAUUUCCUUGUAUUCAUCUCCAAUUCUGAUUUUUUUAGCAACAGCGUUAAAUUUUUGUUGCUAAUUAUAGUCACCAAAAUCCCACUCCCACUCAGACACUUCCUUUUUGUUUUCUCGUCGCCGUUAUCCGAAAAUCAAAAAAUCAGCUACCAAAAAAAAAAAUGCACGGCGGCAAUUUCGCAAUUUUCUCGUGUUUUGGGGUUUUGUUGCUUGUGAUGAAUUGCUCGGCACCGGCGAAUGCUGACGUGGCAACGUGCUCGGGGAUUGUGCCGAUGAGGAUCCGUGAAGAUAGGAUAUCCAUAGAGGAUUUCGGAGGCGUGGGCGAUGGAGUGACUUUGAACACGAAUGCUUUCAGAAAAGCGAUAUACAGAAUCGAGCAUUUGAACAGGACAGGUGGCACUAUUCUGUACAUUCCUCCCGGGGAGUAUUUAACCGGACCAUUCAAUCUCACUAGCCACAUGACUCUUUACUUGGCCAGAGAUGCUGUUAUCAAAGCCACCGUGGAUACUAAAAACUGGCCCUUAAUAGCGCCUUUGCCUUCGUAUGGACGAGGGAGAGAGCGACCUGGAGGAAGGUAUAUGAGCUUCAUCCAUGGGGAUGGACUCUACGACGUCAUAAUCACAGGUGAAAAUGGGACGAUUGACGGGCAAGGUGAUGUGUGGUGGAAUAUGUGGAGGCAAAGAACUCUCGAGUUUACUAGACCCAAUAUAGUCGAAUUGAUGAAUUCGAAAAGUAUAAUCAUUUCGAACGUAACUUUUAAGAACUCGCCUUUUUGGAACAUACACCCCGUGUAUUGCAGUGAUGUUGUCGUUAAUUAUGUAACCAUACUGGCUCCUGCUGACUCUCCCAACACCGAUGGAAUCGAUCCAGACUCGAGCUCCAACGUAUGUAUAGAGGACUCCUACAUAUCAACGGGAGACGACCUAGUAGCCGUCAAAAGCGGGUGGGACCAAUACGGAAUAUCCUACAACCGCCCCAGCCAGGGCAUAACCAUCCGCCGCCUCACCGGAUCAUCUCCGUUCGCCGGAAUCGCCGUCGGAAGCGAAACUUCCGGUGGGGUCGCUGACGUCAUCGCCGAGCACAUCAAUCUCUCCAACAUGGGAAUCGGAAUCCACCUAAAGACGAACAUAGGCAGAGGCGGUGUGAUAAGAAACAUCUCGAUCUCGAACGUGUACAUGUACAAGGCGCGAAAGGGGAUCAAGAUAUCGGGGGAUGUGGGGGACCACCCGGACGAGAAUUAUGACCGAAAUGCCCUUCCGGUUUUGAAGGAUGUUGUGAUUAAGGAUGUUUCGGGGGAUUUCGUGCAGCAGCCUGGUUUGAUUCACGGUCUGAAAAAGGCGCCGUUUAGUGGGAUUUGUCUGUCGAAUGUGAGUCUUGGUGGGGUGGUUGGGGUGAGGGAUUCGGGGUGGCAGUGCAGUGAUGUCAGCGGUGGUGCGGUUAGGGUUAGCCCAUUACCUUGUGCCGAACUUACGAGCAGUCAGCAGAUUGGUUCGUGCUUUUCUACCUUGUGAUGUUUUUGUGGGAUUUUGUUAUGUUUUAGAUUUGUAGUGGUAAUAGUUUUCCAUGUAAGAAGGAAGAUGUUUGCUUAGGAAUAUAAAUAUUUAUGAUUUGUUUUAAAAAAAAAAAAAAAAAAAAUCAAUGUAUUUGAACUAAUGCAUCUAUAUGAUCUAUGAAGUAAAAUUGUCUUAAAACUA